CUGUCACGUAAUAAAUGAUUGGACAAGUCAUGGCAGCAGCAAAUAUUACCUGGUGGGCUUUCCAGAUCAGGGUUCAUCUGCAACCACGAAAAGGUGGGCACAGUUGGAGGUGGGACUCAACUUGCAUCUCAAUCGGCUUGCCUGAACCUUCUUGGCGUGAAAGGUGCAAGCAAGGAGUCCCCUGGAUCGAACUCAAGGCUUUUAGCAACCAUAGUAGCUGGUUCAGUUUUGGCAGGGGAGCUCUCCUUGAUGUCCGCCAUUGCAGCUGGGCAGCUUGUCAAGAGCCACAUGAAAUACAACAGAUCAAGCAAAGAUGUCUCAAAAAUUGCCUCUUAAGAGGAAAGAAGAAAGUUAAACAUUCAAAGAGGCUGAGAAGGCAAAAUUGGGGAAGAGGAACGAUACCCAUGUGAGAUCGCUUCUUGAUGUAGCUGUAAAGGUGGCAAUCGUGUGAUGGUGCUAACUUGCCUGGCUGUACUUUACUCUUUA